AUGAUAUCACCAUCGAUUUUAUCUUUUUUGAUUAUUGCAUUUUCGUAUACAGCUAAUUCGGAGAGAUAUGGAAUUUUUGAAGGUUUGCCAGUUUUUUCUUGAAGCCUAUGUAUUUUUAUAGAAUAUGUAUUUCUAGAUUUUUGUAUUGAUGGAACACUUGCACAAAAAACAAAAACUGGUACAACAAUUUGGUGUGAUAAUUCAGAAGAAUGUGAAGGUGGAUGGGAAUGUGUUCCAUCAGGACAAUUUCAUUUUUCAAAACCAAUUAAUUAUUGUUGUCAAGUGAGAGAAUCAAUAUGUUCAAUGCCUCCAAAUCCAGGCUAUGGAGAAUGUUUUGAAGAACCUAGAACAAAAUAUUAUUUUGAUUCAUUGGAUUUAAAAUGCAAGAAAUUUCAAGUGAUUAGUUGCAAUAACAAAAAUCAAAACCAAUUCGAUACAUUAGAUCAAUGCACUAGGUUUUGUCAAAAUACGGGUAAGAUACUUACAUAUGCGCGAUAUGUAUUUAUUGAAACUUUUUCAGCAUGUUUGGAUGGUCAAUCAUUAUUUCUAGCAAGAGAUAAUACACCAGUAGAUUGCGAAAAUAUAAGCUGUCCUCCUGGAUACAGAUGUGUUUAUGACAAGCUAUUCAAUAGGCACGUAUGUUGUGGUCAUUCUCCCACAGGUAAGUUUUGAUAUGACAACUUUUUUGAAAAAAAACUAUAAGAAAUUAUUGAGAUCUGUUUUUUUUUCUAGGUGUUUGUCCAAUCGGAUCAGUAUCAUAUUCUCAAGCAAGAUCAACUCAACCAAUGAGAUGUACACCUUCCACUGUUAUAGAUACCUGUCCAGCAGAUUAUGUUUGUACCACGCAAGGACUUUAUAGUUUUUGCUGUUCUUCGCACGACGGUAUGUGAUAAAAUCUUCUUUCAUUACUAUAUUUCUUGUUUUUUUCUAGCACUGUGUCCAGCUGGUCAACAACCAUAUUCUCAUAUUGUAUCAAAAAAGUCAAUGAAAUGUAAUCCAAUGGAAUCAUCAUCUUGUCCUCCAACAUAUUAUUGUUCAACUGCAGUACCAGGCGCGCAGUGGGGGUUCUGUUGUAGUGUUCAUAUUGAAGCGACGUGUCCAAUCGGAACAUCUGCAUAUAUUGAAAUUAACACAAGAACACCUGUUAGAUGUACAGUUGGAGUAACACAGUGCAAGUGGGUUUUGGGAGAAUGAUAAGGGGGUUGAUUCAUAAAAAUAAUUUAAUUUUUUUGAAAUUGAUCGGAUUAACCCAAAACAACCAGAUUGUUUUUAUUUUCAAACAUUUUUCAUUUCAAUUUCAGCGUUGGAUAUUCUUGCCAAAGUUCACAACUAGGAUCACUGAUUGGAUUCUGCUGCACAGUACCAAAAAUGAUUUUCCGAAUACCAGAAAGGUCAAAUUCCAACAAUUUUGCAUAUAUUCCAACAACAGUUAUAACUGAAGCUCCGACAACCAAAACACAACAUGAAACCUCACACCAUCCUUUUUUUAUGAUGCAGAAUGAGGGGUUAGGUGUGUUCUCAACAAAAACACCAAAGAUCACAAGAAUAACAUCUAAAUAUGGAGUGACUUCUAAUUAUAAACCUGCAGUUUGUCCACCGCGUGGCUCAUCAGUUUUUUAUCCAAAUUCACAAAUCAAUGUUGAAUGUACACCAGCUGAAGGAUAUGAGUUUUCAUGUCCAGGAACUUCUUCCUGUGUAGAUGCAUAUUUAGAUCUAGCUGGUAGGAAAGUUUGUUGUAAUAUGCCAAAAACAACGCCGAGUCCAUCAUUUGUAUACUUUGUCACAGCUCUUCCAAAAAUUAUACGAUACCAAACCACAGGUAAAGUCUUGUUACUUCAAAUUUUCAAAGUUCCAAGCAAAAACAAUCAUUUUUUGUUCCAGAUAUGUUCUGUCCAUAUGCAAUUCAACAUUCAAAGUGUCAUCCUUCAAAAUCGACGUGUCCUAUGGGUUACUUUUGCCAAUAUCUUUCUGAAAUAACUUCGUUUUCAUGUUGCUCACUUUUCUAACAAUAUUUCUACUCCAAUGAGCAAUCCUUUUUAAGUAACUCACUAAUGAAAAGUGUGUUGCUCAUUCAAUUCUUUACUAUUUUUUCCUGGUUCAUGUUUAUUAUUUAGUUUUCUACGAUCUCUCAAGAGAAUAUUGAAUUUCUAACCUGAAUAAAACAUUUUGACACUUUUUUUGCAUUGUUAGAAGUGUUGGGUUACCAACGGUCCUGAGAAAAUAUUUUUUUUAUUUUUGAAUGUACUUUUAAUUUUUUGACAUCCACUAUCAUUUGUCAUUUGAAAAGAGACAAAUUGUGAUAAUAAUUCGCCAAAAAUCACCGGAAGAGCAAAAAGAAAGAAAAAUUGGAAGAAAAGAUAGAUAUUUGAAAAACAACAAUUGAAUUGAAAAAAAGAGAUGAAAUAAGAUAUAGAAGAUCAUUUGAAAUGUUGAAAAAUAAAAGAAAAAAGAGACAAUGGAAGACGAAUUUCGAUUUGAAAUUGGCAGCCGUCGAUUGAUUCUUUUUAUAAUUCUUCUUUUUUUUGCUCUCCCUAUUUUUCUUUCAAUAUUUUUCACAUUACAAUCAAACUAGGUCUCCUAGUCAGUCAUUCAGUCAGUCAUUAUGCAUUUUUUUGUUCGUCCACCUUUUAAAUGUGUUGCUCCAACGUCUUUUGCAUUUUCAUAUGUUUUUUGUGGUGCUUUCACACAUUUCACUUGUUCUCGUUUCGUUUUAUUUAUUCUUUUCUCAUGAUUUUUUGAGAAAACGAAAAAAUGAGUAAUAUUUACUAGGAAUUUGGGAUAACUGUGUGAAUUUUGUUGACAUCUGCACUUUUUUCCGUGUUUUCUGUCUCAUUUCAAUGAUUUAUUGUUUAUUCUGGUGUGUUACGCUUUUCUGUGAGAUUUAUUGAUUGUUUGAUAGCAGCAAUUGUUGAAAUGAUCUCGGAAUUUUUGAGUUUUUUAAUGUUGACCUUUUUCUAUUAGAUUUUUUUAGUUUUAAAAAUUUAUGAAAACUUUGAUUUCAGUUGAGAAGAUCUUAUGUUAGAUUUUCAUAUUUAUCAAAAAAUUUCGUCAGUUUCGAUGAUGUUUUUUUCGGAAGUAUACAUUUUUCCUUUAUUCUGAAUGUAUGUCACUUGACUUCUGUUAUUCGUUACGUUUUCUGAAUUCAAAAAUAACAAAAUUUUUUAUAAUUUUUUUCUGGCAUUAAAGAUUUUUUUAAUUUUUUUCAUAUUUAAUUUGAUCUAUUAACAUUUUAAUUGUGCACAACUUUGAGGUAACUCAGAACUAGUAUUUUUCAAUUUUUCCUGAAACAUUCAGAAGUUUUUUCUACAACCUCACCUAUUCAGUUUAUUUACAAAAACAAUUUCUCAUGUUCCAUUUCUCUUUUGAAACUAGUAUACUCAAACAAAAACCUUCUAAAUCUCAUUCCACUCAUUAUCCAAUUACACAACUCCGCAACACUUCUCUUUCUAUAUUUUUUCUGUUUCUUUUCAACUUGGACCUGAUACAUUUUUUUCUGGCCACUGAGAAAGCAUUUGUUCCUCGUCGCCACUUUUUUCUUUUCAUUUCAUCUGAUCACAAACUUGAGGUGCCAAUGUUUUCUUAAGAAUGAUUAAAAAACUCACAAUCAGAUAGAUAUCAUUUAUCUUUUGCAGAACUUCGUGGUUGCUUCCAUUUUGUUCUACUACUUUUUGAUUUAUCACAAAAUUUACAAUCAGGAUAUCCUGAAGAUCCAUCGAUGAAAACGAUGCCAUGAAAUUCGAACUGUUGUUCAAAAUUGUGAUAUAUGGUAAGUCUUUUUUUCAAUUUUGUAAGAAAAUCUGAAUGUUAUAUAGCUGGCCUAAUAUUUGUUGCACAUCCAAAUCGAUACGCUGAUCAACUAUAUGAAGAUCUACUGUAUUAUUAUAACAAAAAUGUUCGACCCGUUAAAAAUGCCAGUGAAAGUGUGAAAGUGAAGUUUGGUGCAUCACUAAUUCGACUCAUUGAUGUGGUGAGUUGGGUAAUCUGAGUGGAUCACACAUUGUUUAAAGUUCCGCGUAUCACUUUACAUAUAGUUAGGCCAACUAAAGAUCGUUCCAAAUUUUGUUUUGAGAGAAGACCUGCUUGAUUUAUAUAUCGAACAAUUUUUUGAAGAAAGUGGUAUUAACGUGGAAUAAAAAAUGUAUUCAUGGAAGUCUGAUACCAUCCAAUAAAAAUCAGAAAAUUCUUCCAAACUCUCAAUUAGUUACUCGAAGAAUGUUUUUUAAUGAAUACAAUAAUUUUUCAAAACUUAUUUUUUUUCAGCGAACUUUUCUCGAGUCAUAAUUUUGUUCCAAAAAGUUUAUGAUUUUUGAAACAUACCUUUGCUAAUCAAUAUCACAAUUAGAAAACAAUUGUUUCAUCUCAAAAAUCAAAAAACAAACAUUCCAGGAUGAGGUCAAUCAAGUUCUUACAACAAAUCUAUGGUUAGAAAUGCAAUGGUUUGAUCAUCGGCUAAUUUGGGAUCCUGUGAAAUAUGGGAACAUAAGAAAACUUCAUAUCCCAGUAGAUCAAAUUUGGAUUCCAGAUAUUCUCCUUUAUAAUAAGUAAGCUCACAUUUUCUAAAGUGCUUUUAUCGCAAAAACAAUGAUUUUAGCGCUGAUGGAGAACCUCAUAUCACAAUAAUGAGUGAUGCAUUAGUUUAUUUUAAUGGGCUCAUUGUUUGGAAACCGCCAUCAAUUUACAAAAGUUUUUGCUCGAUUAAUAUCGAAUAUUUUCCAUACGAUACUCAAACUUGUUCGAUGAAAUUUGGUGGUUGGACUUAUAAUGGAUUUCUGUUAGAUGUUCGACAAUUACCGGUGACUAAUAAUUGAAAAAUGAUGAUUGAAAAAUUAUUGUUUUAUUUUCAGACAUCUGAUUCUGAAAUACAAAGUAAAAUUGAUUUAGACGGAUCACAUUUUCAAUACUUAGAACGUGGAAUGGAUUUAAGUGGAUACUAUCCGUAUGUUUAAACAACGUUAUAAGUUUUUGCUUUAUUUCAAUAUUUUUAGGAGUUUGGAAUGGGAUCUGAUGAAAUUAUGUUCUGCAAGGCAUGAAAAAGUAUAUGCUGGUUGUUGUGGUCAGGAUUUCUAUAUUGAUGUGACAUUCACAAUUGAAAUUCGGAGAAAAACACUUUUCUAUACCGUAAAUUUGAUGAUUCCUUGUAUGAUGUUUGGUAAGACUUUUAGAAUAGGAAAAAUAAUUAAUAUCAACUAUUUUCAGCUAUUCUAACAUCAAUUGUGUUUUAUGUUCCACCAAUUGAGCAUAAAAUGACAUUUUCAAUAUCAAUUCUUGUCACUUUGACUGUGUUUUAUUUGAUUUUAAUUGAUCUCGUUCCUCCAACUUCUUUGGUCAUUCCACUUAUUGGUAAAUAUCUGCUAUUCACAAUGUUUCUUGUUUCAAUUUCGAUUAUGUUGUCUGUUAUUUCAUUAAAUUUUUAUAGAAGGUGAGUUUUUCUCUUUUCAAAACAAACGUUUUCGAAAUUACCUUGAUUCACAAUUUCAGAGAUGGUUCCUCUUUUCCAAUGCCUCAUUGGAUGCGAGUUGUGUUUAUAUCCACAUUACCAAAAUAUAUCUGGAUAAAAACAGCCGAUGAAGAUGAUGCUAGUGAUCGUGAUUCGAGUAUUUCUGACAUCACACCAUUUAUGGAUUCAAGAAGGCCAUCCCCAUUUUUUAUAUCAGUUCCCAAUAAUCUACCUCCAAAUGUAAGCCAAACAAUAACUAACUUCUUUCAAUACAUAUAAUCAAUUUUUAGGGUCGAUCAAAUAGUCGUCGAAAAAAGGGUAUGCAUCCAGAUCUUAUUAGAAACAUGAUUCAAAAUGUUGUAUUUAUUUCCGAAUAUUUUCAAUCUAUCAAAAAAGAAGAUAAAGUAAGUUACUUUAUUUUCGAAAAAUUUGAAAAAAAAUAUUUGUUUUUGUAGAUAUCUGAAGAUUGGUCGUAUGUUGCCAAUGUGAUUGAUCGGAUAUUUUUAAUCAUUUUCUCAAUUCUGAAUGUUGCUGGAACUUGGGCUAUUUUAUACAAUGCACCAGCAAUGACUGACACUAGAGACCCGCUUUCAAUUGUAACUUGUUUUUAAUUUUAAAAAUCCCUAUUAUUUGAAAAAGUUUAUUUCAGAACACAGUGGCUCAACCAUUAUCCGGUGAUACUUUCGAGAAUUCAAUCAACGAAAAUUUCACAUUAAUUUCAUGGUGGUCAAAUGAUGAUUCAGUACUUUUACAGCAAACCACGGGAUUUUUCUGA